ACCAACAAUGUCAUCCAGAUCAUUAUGAGUUAAGAGAAGUUCUUUUCAAGUACCUUCGUAAAUAAGCAUUUAUUCCUGGCGUAUGAAUCUGGUCAUGACUCGUGAGGGCCUAUGGAGAAACGUCUCGUGAUCUUAAACCCUUCCCGUGAAAACUGAAAAGUGUCAAAAUUUUCUACUGUCAGAGACUUUCCUCUACCAGUCUUCCCCGCGCGGCCCAUUCUGGGAGUGUUCUUCUCCAACGACCUUUCAAACCUUUCCAUCUCUCUCUUGCAUUUAGACCCCACACUGCUGAGCACAAUCUUCUUUGUUCCCUCGUUUUCCGUACUUGAUAAGCCCAUCGAUUUCGAUUUUUUCGGGCACCAACCAAGGACUAGUCGUAAUUUGUCUUCUGUCCUAUUCCAUUUGGGAAAAUAAUUGCCAAGUACUACUAGUUUUCGUUUCGCCGCAAGGAAUUGAGAAAUGGCCGCGAAAAUUGGGUCGUUCAGGCACAGUUUUGCAGAGAGGAGUAAGGAAAGGCUUCUGUCGCGAAAAGUGUACUCGGAAAUUGGGCUGGACAGCUUCGCCGGCGAUGAUGAAAAGGCCUCCUGUCGGUGGUUUUGUUCGCCGGGCGCUGGCUUCACCAGGUUCUGGAAUGGUCUGCGGGAUACCGCCGCUAAGUUAUGGGAAAUGGGGCGGUCUGAUCCCAGAAAAGUGCUUUUCGCCGUCAAGAUGGGAUUGUCUCUGGCGAUUAUUUCACUGCUGAUUUUCUUCAAAGAACCCCUCAAGGAAGUCGCGCAGUACUCAAUCUGGGCAAUCCUCACCGUCGUCGUCGUUUUCGAAUUCAGCGUAGGGGCGACUUUAAACAAAGGAUUUAAUCGUGCAUUGGGGACAUUAUCUGCUGGAGGGCUGGCUCUUGGCAUUGCAGAGUUAUCUAUAAUGGCUGGCGAUCUGAAAGAAGUAGUUAUUGUUAUAAGCAUUUUUAUUGCAGGAUUUUGUGCAAGUUAUGCCAAGCUUUAUCCGAAGAUGAAGUCAUAUGAAUACGGGUGUAGGGUAUUCUUGUUGACAUAUUGUAUUGUGCUGGUGUCUGGGAAUACAAGUGCAGAGUUCUUCCAAACGGCUUUGUAUAGACUAGUGCUUAUUGCUCUGGGAGCUGGCGUUUGUUUGGUUGUAAAUAUAUGCAUCUUCCCCAUUUGGGCUGGCGAGGAUCUACAUAAAUUGGUGGUGAAAAAUUUCGAGGGUGUUGCUGCCUCUUUGGAAGGCUGUGUUGAUGGAUACCUGCAGUGUAUUGAAUAUGAGAGGAUUCCUUCAAAAAUUCUUACAUACCAGGCCUCUGAUGACCCAGUAUAUAAUGGGUAUAGAUCAGCUGUACAAUCCUCAAGCCAAGAAGAAAGUCUGUUAGACUUUGCAGUAUGGGAGCCACCUCAUGGCCCUUACAGAACAUUUAAUUAUCCUUGGAAAGACUAUGUUAAAUUAAGUGGUGCGCUGAAGCAUUGUGCAUUCAUGGUCAUGGCAAUGCAUGGAUGUAUACUUGCCGAAAUACAGGCACCACGGGAAAAGAGACGGGUUUUCAGCAAUGAGCUUCAGAGAGUUGGUAUUGAAGGAGCUAAAGUAUUACGAAAGCUUGGAAACAAAGUAGAAACAAUGGAAAAACUAAGCCCCGGAGACAUGCUUUUUGAAGUCCAUGAGGCAGCAGAAGAGUUGCAAAUGAAGAUAGAUCAGAAGUCAUACCUUUUGGUCAAUGCUGAGAGCUGGGAACCUGGAAUGCGGCCCAAGGAAUUCGAAGAUCCUGAAACAAUUUCUGGUCUGAAGGAUAAUGAAACAAGACAGCCAGUGAUAGAGUCCCUUGGUGAGACAGUUCUUGAUGUCAGAUCAGUUACCCUAGUGGGAAGCUGGGAUGCUGGCAAUCAGAUCAUGGGCAACAACCACUCCCACGCAGAAUCAUUUCCGUCGCAAAAGAUGCUCGACAAAUCAAUAUCUUGGCCUUUACGCAUCUCCUCGAAUCUUGAUUCUGUGAUUAAAGAGCAGGAAUCCAAAACAUAUGAAAGUGCCAGUGCCUUGUCUUUAGCUACAUUUUCUACACUUCUGAUUGAAUUUGUUGCAAGGCUUCAAAAUCUCAUGGAUUCAUUUGAAGAGCUUAGUGAAACAGCAAGUUUCAAAGAGCCAGUGGCAGUGGACCCAAUGGCAGCAAAAGAGUUGGUUGGUUGUUGGACUGAAUUUUUCAGGAACUUCAGGUUCAAGAAUUCAGAUCCUGGUGCUGGUUCAUGGUCACUUGUUUAAUACUGUAAUCAAAUGAUUCGGAGUCUUCAUUCCCAAAACAAAACUAAUACAUCGAAUUUAAAUCCUAAUCUUGAACAUGCAAUUGAAACUGAUGUCGUCCAGUUGAGGGUCUCUCACAUGGAAGAACUCAAACUUUGUACACAAGGAGGGGCAUGGGAUCUCUAUUUUCAGUGAUUCAUCUUGAGUUGUUCUGAGCUAAAGGCUAAAGCUAAACAGGGAACUUCCUGUUGAUUCAAGUUGAGCAUGUGGAGAUUAUCAAAUUAACUCUCAUAAAGGGUACUUGGAAAUGUUCUGGGAUUGAAAAUAGGUACAUAGAUUCAACUCUAUAUUGACAGGCCUUCUGUAUUUCUUUUUUUAGGAUAGGCGAACAAAACGCUGUUUAGGAAUUAUGAUAAGAGGCCAAUAUGGAUAAAACAUUGUGUCUAACUUUUUUUUUUUAUUGUUAAUAUAAAAAUGCAUGGGUCAUCUUAUAAUGAGCA